AUGUUACCUCCAUGCUUGCCGCACUCCGAGCCGGCUUCCUCUUCAACACUUCUCGACACGGCUUUCAAUAAUGCCUUGAUUGAUCCCAGUCUUCUGGGUCUCCAGGGGAACCCGGCAUCUUGCACUGCAACCACACUGCUUGGCCAGGCAGUCCAACCUAGCGAGGAAGAGGGAGAUGGGAUCUGUCCGGUGAUUGAUGGCUCGGGGCGGCGCGUCUCGCGGGAAGCGUUCUUGGUCCACCUGCAAACAUACAAGCGCAAGGAACGGCUGCGAAGCGCAUGCCAUGCCUAUGGCCUGUCAGCGCCGAAGUCUGCCAACCUAGAGGCCUUGCGCGCUCGGUUGCUCUCGUUCUGGUAUGGGUUUCAAGCAUCGGGCUGCAACGUCCCGGGUGCCUUCCCAAGUUCAACGCUAGCUUCCACGCUCAGUGACACCCCUCUCCCUCUGUCGAGUUCCACGACACUGGGCUCAGCACCGUCGACUUCCGCAUCUGCUGACCAGAGCGGCUUUGACGAUGAGGACACCCUCGUAUCUCAGUUCGAUGUUGAGGGUCAUGGUACAGCCCUGCUCGGAUACGACCGGGACGGUCUUGAUGAAGAAGAUGAGGACCUUGACGAUCCAGAAGACACGGGCUCCGACGAGGCCUUCCACCGGUUUCAAACAAAGACACGCGUCGACGCUGCCCAGCGUUUUGAAGACAACCGGCGUGCAGGAGGCAAGAAGACUCAGCAGGCAAACGUUAAGGCAUGGAAGAUAUUCCUGAAUGAAGCGCUUGCAAAAGGGCACAUCCGCGAUGAUAUUGUGGAUGAGCAUGCGCUCCUCCUGUACAUAAACUGUACAGCAGAUCGUUGCAAGCGGGAUCGAAAGGGCGACGCGAUCUUGGGUACGCGCGUAGGCGCAUCACAGAUAAAGAAGGAAUUCUUCGGUGCAUUGCGUGUACGCAAGGCUCAAGAGGCGCACAAUCCAUCACUGGCUCGUAAGCGACCGGCAACUACAAUGAGGGUGUACGAUCUGGUCAAGGCGCGCAUGGAUGAAGCCCUGCGUCGUGCACGGCUUGGCCUUAUUCCAGCGCAGGAUGCACCAGACAUUAUCGCCAAUACGUUCCUUGAACAGGUGACCGAUGACCAGCUGUUUAAGAUCCGGCUUGGGUUCUUAGAGCAUUGUGAACUCCAUAGCACCAUCAAAGGGUUCCUUGCGUGGACCCUCUGUAGCGCAAGUGGGAAACGUGGUGAUGAUAUCCGUGCAUUGAAGUUAUGUGAACUGCAGCCGUACGUCCUGGUACAUCCCGACAAACUGACACAUAUCUCGGCGAUCCUCGGACUGCAGGCUGAAGACAAGACGGGCCAUCGUGGCAUGAAAACGGUGCGAGACUAUGGCAUGUUUUCUGCACCUGUGAUGGAUUCUGAGUGCAUACAACAGAUGGUCAACCCGCGUUAUACGUGCUGGAUUGCCCACCGAGACCCGCAUCAGUGUCCGCUUGGCGCGCUCACUUUUCUCCUACAUUUCGUACAUGAUCAGUACGAACUCGGGCGGAAGCUCGACAUCCAGUGGACAGUGAACAAGACCUGGCGACAAGUGCGGCUGAUCUUCGGAUCGUCUCCGAAUACUCCGUACAACGAGCACAACCUGUACAAUCUCUACUGCCAGGCAUUCAAGAAGGCGGAGUUUGAGUCAGGAAUCAAGGCACACCUUCCGCGGCAUAUCCUAGGGUACCAGCAAGAGCGGCUUGGUGUCGAUAGUACGGAGACCAUGCGGCUCGGGUGGGCGCGCGACACCUAUACCGAUGUGUAUGCACCGUCGCUCCCAAAAAAGGCAAUUCUUGCAUGCCACAGGUACAUGGAUCAUGAAGACUAUGCUCCCACCCGUUUGCAGGUACCUGUACCGCCUGCUUUCCUUGUACGCAUGUGUCCGAUGGCAGAGGAGAUUAUCUCUUCCGUUGACGGCGUUGCCAACCUUGUCGGCACAACAAAUCACUGGAAAAUGGUGGUUGGGCUGCGGCCCCAUUUAUUCCUGUGUGCAGCAGCGCUUUACCAGGUCAGGCCUGGAUCGCCCAUAUUCCGUCUUCCCGCGCUUGCGCACGAUGACGUGAAGCUCUGGAUGAAGACGGAGUUCCCCUCGCAAAUUCUCACGCUGGACGCCAGUGUGGGCGACCCAAUCAGCGUAGAACGUCUUCAGAACGUACUCCUGCGUCAAUCAUUGCAGCACGUUGUUGUCUUGCUCCAGGGUCAACGUCGUGAAGUAGCCCACCUCCAUGCGGUCAUAGACCGGCGGACUGCAGCAUUCUCACCGCCCAGGAUUGACAUUACGACAAGUCAUGAACCUACCCGAACUCGGGGAAUGGUGCUCCAAUUUGAUUUGUCCAGGCAGCUAUCUCUCCUGCAGCUUGAACCGUCCGUGUUUGUCGACGCGCAGACACGUACCCGCCAGGAUAGCGGAGUAUACGAAGCAGAAGACUCCACGUUGCGUGCGUUUGUAGCGCCAUCUCCAGCGUCGCCAAUCCUUGGACGGCAGAGGACUGAAGUCGACCUCGUGCUUCCUCCAUCUGCCGCGUUCACAUCCCCUGGUCAGCCGUUGCGUCUACCCAACUUCGGAAAGGGGUCGGUUACAUGGGAGGCUGUCUUUGGCAGCAUCAGACAACCGUCCUACCUGUGGGAUGUAUGGAGGCCGUCGCGCACCCUUGACCGCUCAACAAUCCAAGAUUUGUGGGAUUGUUAUAACACUGGUGAGAUCAUGAGAGAUGAAGGCGGUGCUCCGGUUGCCAUGAAGCCGCCGCUCCGUCUGGUCGAACAGCGCUUCCUUUCAACGUGGUGGAAGACUGCAGCGGCUCGGAAGGCAUGGCAGCGUCUCCGAGAGAUCCCAGAGUGGAUCGAGAACACCGCAAAGGUGCAAUGUCUCACCCCCGAGGACGCCAUCGCUCUGCUAGAAGAACGCCGCCAUUCCAAAGGACCCGCUGGCUCUAAGGGUUUGAGCACGCUCGUGAGUGAGCUCGCAGAAGAGCGCAAGAGGCAAGUCAUGCACACUCCAAACGCUCCGCAACCGAGCAACACUUCGCCGUCUCCUAGCCCACGGACAUCUCCCGCUCCACCCGGAAGUUCACAGCCGUCAUCCGCCAGCUCGGGAAGCACUGGGAAACGCAAACGCGCACCCGCUGUUGGCGCUAGGAGUAAGAAGAGGAAGCCCACGCUAGCCCUAGCACGUUAG